UCCGGGCCAGCGGGUCCUGCCGCGAGAGCGUUGACCCGGCUGCAGCCAGGCGGGCUGAACGUGAGGCACGCGGGAGCACACAGCCGGCUCUCGGGGCUGCGGGCCGGCCCGCGCCCCUCCCGGCUGCACUUCCUCCGCAGCCCCAAGCCGGACGCACCGCGCGCUGCCUCCACCGAGCUGAGGUUCCAGUCAGAAGGGGCAGCCGUCUUCCCUGAGGAUGACCACGCCUUCCAGCCCUCCUGCUUUCAGGCUUGAGACCUCAGAUGGAGGCCAUGAAGAUGGUGCCCAGGGAAACAGAGAAAAUGGGGGCGGGGGCUCCGAACCACCCCCCAUGGAGUCCCAGUUCCAGGGUGAGGACCGGAACUCCUCCCCACAGAUCAGAGUGAACCUCAACUUCCGAAAGGCAGCAGGUGCCAGACAGCCAGACCCAAACCGCUUUGACCGCGACCGGCUCUUCAGCGCCGUGGCCCGGGGGGCCCCCGAGGACCUGGCGGGGCUACCAGAGUAUCUGAGCCGGACCAGCAAGUACCUCACAGACUCGGAGUACACAGAGGGCUCCACGGGGAAGACCUGUCUGAUGAAGGCCGUGCUGAACCUUCGGGACGGGGCCAAUGCCUGCAUCGAGCCGCUGCUGCAGAUUGACCGGGACUCGGGCAAUCCCCGGCCUCUGGUCAACGCCCAGUGCACGGAUGAGUACUUCCGAGGCCACAGCGCCCUCCACAUCGCCAUCGAGAAGAGGAGCCUGCUCUGCGUGAAGCUCCUGGUGGAGAAUGGGGCCGAUGUGCACGCCCGGGCCUGCGGCCAGUUCUUCCAGAAGAGGAGCCAAGAGACCUGCUUCUAUUUCGGCGAGCUGCCCCUCUCCCUGGCUGCGUGCACCCAGCAGUGGGACGUGGUGACCUACCUCCUGGAGAACCCGCACCAGCCCGCCAGCCUGCAGGCCGCCGACUCGUUGGGCAACACGGUGCUGCACGCCUUGGUGAUGAUCGCAGACAACUCUCCGGAGAACAGCGUGCUGGUGACCCACAUGUACGACAAGCUUCUCCAGGCGGGGGCCCGUCUUUGCCCCUCUGUGUGGCUGGAGGACAUACCCAAUCUGCAGGGCCUCACGCCCCUGAAGCUGGCUGCCAAGGAGGGCAAAAUAGAGAUUUUCAGACACAUCCUGCAGCGGGAGCUCCCGGGGCCAUGCCAGUCCCUUUCCCGAAAGUUCACGGAGUGGUCCUACGGGCCCGUGCGGGUGUCGCUGUAUGACCUGGCAUCUGUGGACAGCUGGGAGGAGAACUCAGUGCUGGAGAUCAUCGCCUUUCACUGCCGAAGCCCGCUCCGGCACCGGAUGGUAGUCUUGGAGCCUCUGAACAAACUGCUGCAGGCGAAGUGGAAACUGCUCACCCCCAGAUUCUUCUUCAACUUUCUGUGUUACUUGACCUACGUGUUCAUCUUCACCGCCGUCACCUACCACCAGCCUGCCCUGGAUAAGGACUUCCUCCCACUGGAAGUGACGGCUGGGAACACCAUGCUGCUGCUGGGCCAUGUGCUGCUUCUGCUCGGGGGGGUCUACCUCCUCAUGAGCCAGCUGUGGUACUUCUGGAGGCGCCGUCUGUUCAUCUGGAUCUCCUUCAUGGACAGCUACUUCGAAAUCCUCUUCCUGGUCCAGGCGCUGCUCACCGUGCUGUCCCAGGUGCUGCGCUUCUUGGCCGUCAAGGCAUACCUGCCGCUGCUCGUGUGCUCGCUGGUGCUGGGCUGGCUGAACCUGCUCUACUACACGCGUGGCUUGCAGCACACGGGCAUCUACAGCGUCAUGAUCCAGAAGGUCAUCCUUCGGGACCUGCUCCGCUUCCUGUUGGUCUACUUAGUCUUCCUUCUCGGCUUCGCUGUCGCACUAGUGAGCCUGAGUAGGGAGGCCCAGGACACUGGGGCCCCUGCGGGUUCCAACACCACAGAGGUGGCGGGGAAGGAGGACAAGGAGGCCCCAUACCAGGCUAUCCUGGACGCCUGCUUGGAGCUGUUCAAGUUCACCAUCGGCAUGGGCGAGCUGGCCUUCCAAGACCAGCUGCGCUUCCGGGGCGUGGUGCUGCUGCUGCUUCUGGCCUAUGUGCUGCUCACCUACGUCUUGCUGCUCAACAUGCUCAUCGCGCUCAUGAGCGAGACCGUCAACAGCGUCGCCACCGACAGCUGGAGCAUCUGGAAGCUGCAGAAAGCUAUCUGUGUCCUAGAGAUGGAGAAGGGCUACUGGUGGUGCAGGAGGAAGAAGCAGCGGGCAGGGGUGAGACUGACAGUUGGCUCCAGGCCAGACGGUAGUCCGGAUGAGCGCUGGUGCUUCAGGGUGGAGGAAGUGAACUGGGCUGCGUGGGAGCAGACCCUGCCCACGGUGUGCGAGGAGCCGUCGGGCCGGGGCGGCCCUGGUGAGUGUGUCAGUGUCUGCCUGGCCCACAGCGCAGUCUGGGCUCCAGGCUCCAUCCCUGGAGGGGCUUUGUCCCAUCAAGUGGGGUGUCUCCCAGUCUCUCCCCCGUCUCCUCGCCAUCACGUGGGCAACUGGCUCCUGGUGCACCCUCCCCCCCUGCCUCUUCCUGUCCAGGUUUCUGUCUAUCCAUCUGCUGCACCCUCCGCUCAUUCAGUGGGUUCUGGGGGGACCCAGCAGGGGAACAAGUUAGGGAGCACCCAGUGCCCACUGGCUCCACCCUAACAGGCCAGCCUGGCUAGCCCCACACCUGAGAAGCCACUUCCUCUGCCCUUGCCUCACGGCCCAGGCCUGUUCAAGGCCCCCCUGUAGAAAGGCUCCUCCAUUCUAGGGUGGUGCUGGCCCCUCUCCAAGAAUGACCCCUUUCCCCACCAGAGGCCUAGCUCUCUGCAGGGCAGGCCUCUUCUAGAAUCCUCUGUAGCUCCCACCUCAAGGACUUCUGGCUGCCCUUCUCUCCUUUCUCGUGCUCUUUCCAGACUCCAUCUGCUCUGCCCCGGCCCCCUCCCCACAACAGCCUCCCCAUCACUGGAGAACCCUGUGUGUGGAGUCUCCUCUGGCCUCCAGGGCUCCUGGGUCCCUGACCACACGGCCCUCACUGAUAACUUCCUGCCCACAUGUCUGUGUGUUUCCCUCCCUCCGAGUGCUGUCCCCUCCCUUCAGGACUCUGAAAGUCCCCUUGUCAUUCUACUCUUCACUACCUGCUGUGACCCCUGACUGGACAUCACCAACGGGAACAGCCUUGGGGCUGCCCUGCCAGGACCACAUUUGUCAGCCCGCCCCUCCUUGCCCAGGCAGGAGGACUUGUGGGUCUCUACCACCCCCUGCCCCCUGGUGCUGAGUGUCCUUGGGACCCUCUGCCCUUGCCCCUCUCACGUCUGCACCCAGACCCUAGACAAGGCUUUCGGCUCCAGGCUCAUCCCAUUCCAGUCCCUCUGAUGCAGACAAAAACCACACACAGCACCCAGCACACACCUCCCACUGCCUGGAAGGCCACACUCCUCCUCCUUGGGUCAAGGCCCAAAACUGUUGUCCAGCCCCCUCCCUGCACUUCCCUCCAUGUGACGGCAGUCCCUCAGCAGUGCUCCUUGUUCCUUUCUCUCCUUGGCUCUGUCCCAAGUGCCCUUCCAUUCUCUGGGCGUCCACCUUUCCCAUCUUCUCCCUGGGUGGGGUGGGGUCUCCUCUCUUCUCCGAGCACCUGACUCUCGCCACUGGCUUUUCAGCAUAUCAUCUCAGGUGUUCCAGUUUCUAACACAAAAGCCUGUCACCUGCAGGCACUCUCAGCUCCUGGGAGGAGGCCCCUGAUGGGCACGUGGUGGGGGGGGGCAGGCACUGCCGGGAACUCCUCACCUACUGUCCACAGGCAGGAGUGGUGCCAUAGCUGUGGCCUCCUCCUGUUUCCUGGCGCUUGCCUCCUGGGGUACACACCCUGAGGACCAGGCCACCGUGGUCUUCACCCCUUUACAGGCGCCAUGAUGAGCCCAGCUUUGGCCUCCCAGUCCAGCCAGGACAGCGCGGUGGAGGAAGACCAUGUGCCCCUGCAGCCCCUGGAGUCCCA